AUGGCAGACAAUCCAAUAAAAUUUUCUUAUUAUAAUUCUUUUAUUUAUUGUUCGUCAUCAUCAGCAGCAAUGUCUUCAACUUACAUGAUAUUUCGAUGUUUAUUUACUGUCAUUAAUAUUUGUUUUUUUGUAUUUGGACUUUCCGUGUUAAGUGUGAGUGUUUGGAUACAUUUUGCAUCGAUUGAGUAUCGACCGUUUAUGGGAAAUCGAAUUUUUACAGCACCGAUGGUGUUAAUCGUGUCAGCUAAACUCUCAGUAAUACUUGGCUCUAUUGGUUGUGUGGGUGCUUGGUUUGAAAAGAAAACUUUACUUCUUGUGUAUGUGAUUACUAUGAUCAUCUUAUUUGUUGCAUUACUUAUUGGCGUCGUGUUUAUUAUUGCUUUUAGUGAAAAAGUUUCCGUGGCUGCUCGUAAAGAAUUAUUAUUGAGUAUUCGAAAAUAUCCGGGAGAAGAAGGACACGAUCCACAUAAUUUUCGAAAAACAAUGAAUGCUAUACAAAAACGAUUACAUUGUUGUGGCAUUGAUGAAUACCGUGACUGGUUUACAACCGAUGUCUGGGCCGGUCAGACAUACGUACCAGAUUCAUGCUGUAUUGAAGAAAAAGUUAGUUGUGGAAAGCAAAUUGUUUAUAAUGAAACAUACGGUCUCAUCUAUACAGAAGGAUGUUUUAAUAUGAUUCAAUUAGAAAUCAAUCGAAAUUUAAUGAUUAUUGGAAUAUUAGCUUUUGUUCUCGUUUUUGUUGAGGGUUUUAGUAUUGUCUCGGCACUUGGAUUAUUUUGUUUUCUUCGACAACGCGAUUCCUACGUAUAA